AUACCUGCCAGGUGUCCGUCCGCAAUGUGUGCAACAUCGAAGAUAAGUCAGUCACCUUCAGGCUCACAAAUGCCACAAGUCCCCCGAUGAUCCGGUUGUCGGUCAACGACACGGUGGUGGUGGAUCCCGGGCAGGACGUGCUCCUGACCUGCGAGGUGACGGCAGGUUUCCCUCAGCCCACGGUGCUGUGGUCGCGGUACCCCGGCCUCCUGCCCCUCAGCGCCCAGACUCGAGGGCAGACAUUAAUUUUGCGAGCCGUCACGCCGGCGGACGCGGGCUUCUACAACUGCACAGCUGUCAACAACGUGGGCAACCCUGCUCGCAAGAACGUCAAUCUUGUUGUCAGGACGAUGAGCAACCUGACCUUCCAAAUUACACCAGACUCCAACAAGGACAGCGAGACCAUCCAGAUGGGUCGAGACCUCAAGCUGUCGUGUCACGUUGACGCCACUCCGCAGGAGAAAGUCAACUACACCUGGUACAAGAACGGUGUGCCGGUCUACAACUCCGACAGCCUGAUUUUACUGCGCAGCGAUCCGGACAUGGCGCCCGGCACCAGUAGCUUGGAGAUCGUGGACAUGAAGUUCAGAGACUUGGCUACCUACAGCUGCGUGGCCAACUUCCCGGGCAGCAGGGUGCCGGAGCUUCGUGUGGACGUCAACAUCUCUCAGAACAGUGUCUCUCCCCCGGUGCUGUCGGUUCCACCAGGAGGUCAGAUUGUAAGCGUGAGAGAGGGAGGUAAUGUGGAGCUGGUGUGCCUGGUGGCGGAUGGAAAACCGCGUCCGCCUAUACUGUGGUCACGGACGGAGAAGGACCUGCUAAUGCCAUCAGGGACGCCCGUAGUGGAGACGCCCGACGGCCGCUUGAGGCUACGGAACGUCAGCCGGGACAUGAUGGGGGCGUACCGGUGCCAGACCGCUCCGUACAACGGGCUGAACAUCAAACGCAGAGAGACGCAGGUCCAACUCAAUGUGCAGUAUCCUCCCAUUCUGGACCCAGUCUUUCAGGAUAUGCGCUCCAGGAACUAUCAGAUGGUGACCCUCAGAUGCGCGGUGCUGCGGUCAAACCCUCCUCGCCUGACAGACAUUCGGUGGUUUCGUAAUGGCGACUUCAUCCGCAUGCCGAUGCCAGACCUGAAGGAGACGCCGGAGCUCAAGUUCAAACUGGAACCGGCCAACAAUGGCACCUAUGAGUGCCGAGUCAGCAACAGUGCAGGAACAUCGACGUGCACGUUUAAUGUCACUGCGCAGCCCUACAACGCUGAGUUUUACUUCGAUACGCCCAACCCCGUCCGGAUUCUGAAAGGAAACAACUACUCCUACAACCUGCAGUGGACGCAGAGAGACCCCGAGGCCACAGACCGCAUCAUAGGCUACUGGAUUGUUAUCCGAAAGAACAAGCAGACCCUGAUGUCAAAGCAGAUAGACCUCAAGGGUAAGGAGCCAGAAAAGGGUGUGCUGAUGUCGCACACGGUAUCAGACCUGAGGAUCCCUCUGUCCUACGAGGUCCGACUGGCUCCCAUCACCAUCUACAGCAUCGGGGACUACGUCAGUCGAAUCAUCCAGUACUCAGAACCUUACACCUACCCAAGACCUUCAGACCAUGUGUGUGGUUUUGAAGACGAGCGGAUCUGCGGUUUCUCUCAAGACCGGAGUGAUGUUUUUGACUGGACGAGACAGAAUCACCUGACGCAAAAUCCCAAGCGAUCUGCCAACACCGGGCCAGAGACCGAUCGCAGCGGAACGAAGGAGGGGUACUACAUGUACAUCGAAGCGUCGCGCCCACGUGUUCAGGGGGACAAGGCUCGUCUGCUGUCUCCACUUUUUAAUGUGUCCUCAAACAGAGGCCCCAAGGGCUCCGGCAGAGUUCCAUACUGCGUCUCCUUCUACUAUCACAUGAAGGGCAAACACAUUGGCACUCUUAAUGUACUCCUGCGAGUGAGAAGCAUCGCCUCUGUGGACUCGGUGAUAUGGACAAAAUCUGGUCAUCAGGGCCCAGACUGGAAGAAAGCAUUCUUUGACAUCAGCCCCAGUGGACCCUUUCAGAUUGUGUUUGAAGGAAUUCGAGGCCCGAGUUUUGAGGGGGACAUCGCCAUCGACGACGUGUCCAUCACCAUAGGAAAGUGCAAGCAAGAGAACACAGUAGCCAACGCAGUUCUGAUUGGAGGAUCGCGCUCGCUCCCGCUGGCGAACUGGCUGACCUUUGGCCUCUGCUGCUUCCUCUCACUGCUCUACAGAUGAUGAGCACUUCCCACAGCGCCGCCGCCCGUCUGUGCUGACAGACACUGCCCUGACUCGCGCUCUUUUACUUCUCUCUCUCUACCCUUCUCCUUGUCCUUUCCUCUCUGUGCCUGUCUCCUUACCUGUCCGUCCUCUUCACUUAUUGUCUUUCUGUCCUUCUUGCAUCAACCUCAUCCUUCUUGCUUAGCUAAGGAAGAAACACAAUGUCUAGUUUCUCGUCCUCUGCUUUCUUUGAGUAGUUCCCCCCCCAUCCAGACACUCAGUAUAACCAACUGAUGCUCAUACUGUAUUUAAGGUUGACAUAUUUAAUGAUCUUCAAACUUCCUUCCUUUCGUCACUCGACUAGAUUCACUUUAUUCAGCGUGUCACGUUGUCACCCUCCCCUCCAUCCACCUUCUUCGUCCAUAUUGUGCACCCGUCGUGUAUCUUCACCCCCCUCGAAACCGCUAUCCUUGAUGGCCCCCUCCACCCUAUUCCCGAGACACACCAAAGUGUCGGACACUCUACCAAAGAUGACGAAGGACCUGAGGGAAUAAAAUGAGGGAACAGGGAUUCCAGGAAGAAAGCGAAAGCGAGAGAGAAAGCAGUAUAAAAAAAAACCUUUUUUCCACAAAGACUGUCUCCCGUCCGUCCUAUCUUUUGGGAUCACGGGAGCUACUGAAUGACAAAGACAGAUUAAAAAAAAAAAAGAAAACAAACAAAAAAAAAAACAACCCACCACUGAUUAAUGAAUGAUUGAAUAAACAAAUGAAUAGUUGAGGAAAGGACGAACCAGAAACAGAGGAUAGAAGAAGGGUGCCCCUGGUUGCCUCUCUGCUUGCCACAAGAGACAAACCUCAGUGCGGAUUAUACGUGUACAUUUAUCUAUAUAUAUAUUAAAUAUAACAAAAGUUUAAACUAAAACACAACUAGGACAGUGGAGGACUUUACAAAGUGAAAUUAAAGAAGCACAACGUUUAUACAACCUCUGCUGUUCCUUUGGGUUUUAUUCUACUUAUUAUGUGAUGUUGCAAUUUGUCAGAACUAUUCAAUGUUUUUGAUAUUUUGCUUUUUUUGUUUUGUUUUGUUUUAUUAUAGCAUCAUAUGGGUCAAGGGCAAUGGGUAAUAAAUAUUAUAUUCAUAUUUAUGAGAGCUAGAGAGGAUGAUUUGUGAUCCAGAGCUUAAUUCGAGCACGUGGAGGGAAAGAUGACCCAAGCCAUCUGGAUAGAAAACCUCAACUAGUCUUCGCACAUAUAGCACCGACGAACGCACACACACACACAUAUACAGAAACACACACACACCUCUCAGCUCACUCCUCUGCCUCUAGAACGUGGAGGAAAGUAGCAGCAGCUUUCACAUUUCUGCUCACAUUUUCAUAAACUUCCCCGUCAUUGGACAUGUGACUCAGAUGGCUGGAUCGAUCGAGGAAAUGUGAAGUAAAGGAGAAAAAAAACGUGGCGGGAAGCAAGAAAAUAGAGCCUGGAAUAAGUCCCGGCACUUCUCUCUCUCCACAGGUUGCCCAUGUAUGGAUCUGACAUACACCGCUGAGUGAAAGAUGGAGGAGAUUGUCAGUGUCUGCCAGGAGUGCAGUGAAGAUUGCAUAUCAGAUUCUUUGUCAGCGUUUAAUUACUGUUGAAUGUCUAGUGUAAAAAAGGAAAAAAAAAAAAAAAAAAGGUUUCAUUAUCCCAUAGAUAUGAUUGUUAAAGUGAAGCAAUACUCAUAUCUACGGAUCCAGAGACAUUACUUUUUGGUUGCAUUUUACAAAAGAUGCCACCUUCAUAUUCUCUCAUCUCUUAUUUUGUCUGUGUCAUUGAUCAUUUCACUCAUUUUUUUUGUUUGAUUUGUUUCCUGUGGUUGCUUAAAAGUGUAUUUUUGAGUUUUCAAUCAUACAUAACAUGCAGAAAUGAUGUGCCUAUUUGACUUGCCCAGUCUGCUGUGGGUGGCACUUUCCACGCUGUUGUUUGUAGAACAUCCUAACGUGUAACUGCUGCAGAGUUGUGAAAGCAUGUCGGACAAAUCUGCGAAAAAUGUCACAGACAGCGGUGUGUUAUAUGUGAAGCCCUUUGAAACUUACUGCAAGAAAGAAAAAAAAAAAAUCAAAAUUGCUCCCUUUUUCUUAGCUUUAUCAUCAAACAUUUACUUUGAUCUGAGGCGUGCACCUGAUGGGAGGUUGUACUUGAAUGAUAAAAAGAUGUUUUAGGUGAUGCUUUCUGCAAGAGAAGGCCUAAAAUGUUUUCAACAAUGUCUGCAAAAACACUGUUUGGUUUUUAGACAUUCAUCGCAAUGCCUCCAGUUCCCCCAACCUUACUAAGGGAAUUGGUUCCAUGUGGCAUUUCUUUUUUUAUCAGCUUGAGUUGUACAGUAUCAUAAGCAUUAUCCAGCACAAUAGCAGUACACCCUAGGUCAGUCCUUUAGCCGUGUGGUAGUAAAUACAUAUUAUGAAGCAUUGAUGUGCAUGGCAUUUCAUCAUGCUGUCAGAUCCUUCCUCAUAUUGCCUCAUAUUUCAAUGGCAGCAAUAACAGGGGGCAACGCUGUCGUUGUUAUCGUCGCAUUUGGACAUGUGACAGCUGCGAAUUAAUGAUGGAAAUGCUUUGUCUGUAACCUCUGUCAUAUUCCUCAUAAUGACGUUAUGUUAUUCAUUUAGCCGUGAUCGACAACUUAUAGCUCAAGUGUAAAGGGGGGAAAUAUCAAAGCAUUACAUACACGUGUGCAAAAUGCAGUUAAUCCAACCCGUUGCUUGCUAAGAGAUUCCAUUACUGUGUCGUGCUGACCGAUUAAACAGCAACGUGUCACUUUUGGUUAAAAUAUGCGGCAAUAGAGCGAGGUUGGAAGGUAACACAUGCUGUAUCCAUCUCCUCCUGUGUGAGAAAACUGUUUUAUUAUUACUGUUUUGUAAUUCAAACAUACAUUAACGCGGUAAUUCUUUUCAAAACGGCACACAGCAAUCAACCUUGAGAAACAAUAAGCAGGACCCUGAUUCCCGUUUCACUUCUAGACGGGAAACAUUGUGUUCAGCAGAAUGUAAAUUAGGCGACUUGUCUUCUCCUGUUUGUUUUGUUGUAAUAUAAACCAUUUGACUGAUGGUUUAGUGAUUGCAAUUUUUUUCUAAUAUUUAAAGUGUAAUCAAACCUGUAGCAGCACAUUUUUGUUCCUGUUGGAUGGAGGCCAGACACAAAGAGGCUCUUGCGUAUAUCUUCCAUAAUAAAAAUCACAUGCUGAAAGUAUCACUUCUAAUUCAAGUGAUAGUCAUUAUUUCAGUGUGAUGUAACAGAAUCCUGUGCUUCAUUUGGUUGCAAAAUAAAAUCUGUUAAUAAAACUUUUUAAUUUUUUUUUUUAAAGGGACAGAAAUAGCUUUUUCUCACAACGCCAGAUAGAAUUGAGUGAAUCUGUGGGAUAUUAUUUAGAAUAUAAAGGUCCAACUACUAGUAUUUGACCUUAACAGCAUAAAUAAGUCCAAAAACCCUCAAUAAAAUAGUCGUACUGUUUGACUAAAGCAGUUUUGGAACGUGUUGUUCAAAUGUAAAAGCACUUUACAGGGUGGACUGAGGGCACCUCCAGAAUUAUCCAAGAUGAUUCCAGAUCCAUUUUUAAAUUAUUGUAAUAAAGCCAAACCAAAGAUAACACAACUUAAUGUAGAUUUAGUACAUAAAACUAGUGAGGACAAUGACCUGGACAUCUUUUCUUAACAAGCAUCCAGCGUCUAUUUCAGCCUUCUAGUCAGUGAAGCCCCAGUGUUCAAGUGUAGUCCUCCCAAAACUGUAGGAAUCUAGGAUCUCGUUUUGUGUCCAUUGAACGGUCAUUUCCACUUUCUGUUCGCAGCAUGUCCGUCCAUCUCUUUACCGAACCACUGCAGAGCUGCACACACACAAACACACACACCUACACGUAGAUUUCUGCCACCGUGCAGGCAAACAAUAACACCUGGAAUGACAAACUGACUGUUAAUCCUCCACCUACAGUAUACUGUCUUUACUGUCUUGAAAUGAUUUGAGUGGAAGUUCAAGAGAAGGGAAGGGAAGUGCUCAGCCUUUUGUCCUGACCUUAACUGCAAACUGCCAGUACGCUGAGUGACUGGGUGGUGAUGGUACCACCCCUCCACCCCCUGGCACGGGAUAAUAUAAUGAGGUACAUGCUCAAAAGUUAUUCUCUUUGUCUGAGGGAGAUUUAAAGUAAAACAAUCUGCGUGCUGGCGACACUUGGGUAAUUCUUCCAUGUCAUGUUACGUAAAACAUUACAGCCUUGGUUUACAAACUGGAAUGAACAUUUCCACUAAAUGCUGUGACCCUUGCCUGAUUUCCCAAAAGAAGGAUCAAAACAGUGUUCAUUUGAUUUUCGAAAAACCAUUUAGGUUAAGUAUGCUUUCCUCGAAUAAAAUUCAACAAAUAAAACUGAUCAGCAACACACACACCUUGUGCGUCCACAGGUAACGGUUUCUGCGUCCCGGUGGACUUUUAUUUGACUAACACAUAACGGUGUCUCUGUGCAGUGUUCUAUGGCAGCAAAGCAAGCAGCUUCAAAGUGAUAAGCCUUAAAAUCUUAUGAAUCACUUUUUUUAUAACACCGGACUGUUGUAACCCACUGUGAUAAGUAUUGUUUUGUUUUGUUUUGCAUUGAGCGAGUUUUGGGAAACAGUGCACUGGUCACAGUGGUAGUACACAUCCUGACUGUCAGGUUUUACAGCAUACUGCAGUCGAUGUAUUGAUCCAUUUUGGGACAAAAAGAUGUGAAAUGCACCUUUAAUGAGGAGAACAAAGGAGAAGGGUAGCAAACAGUGCUGCGUGUUGUAUAUCUCUGUCAUGUACUUAAGUAUUUUAGAGGAAGAAUAUAUUUGAAAUAUGACUCUGAAAGGUACAAAUAAACAUCAAUGAAACAAA